GGGGUACUCCAAGACCAAGGUUGGGAACCACUGUGUUAUACUAGCCAAUACAGCUUCUCGAGAUAUACUUUCUGCACCGCAUACAAAAAAGUGCCAGUGCUCAGAAGAACAGUGUGGUAUAUUGUAUGUAGGGAUUCUAGUUCACUUACUGCUUCUGCGCAGCACGGUUUGCAGAAAAUUAAGAGGGUUUUUCUAAGCUAGGGUGCCGAGCGGCCAAACGCACCGCCAUUAGCAGCCGUGCCGAUUAUAUACUGUUUCUUCGUAGCUGUUUAUGCAUUUGGAACGUCCAUUUGACAAGAUGCUUGUGCUUUUUUCCACUUUAGUAUUAUGCUUGUCGGAAGUGAAACCCUCACGAGCUUACCCUGGGACUUUCGGUCCCGUUCAGCCCUGUUUAGCACCGCAACAAUGGGAAGGCAGGUCUGUGGAAUAUGAUCACAAAACAGGUAGGAACACGAGGGCCAUGGUCUCGUAUGAUGGACAGAACCAGCGAAUUAGAGUCUUGGAGGAGAAGAGAGGACACGUACCAUGCAAAAAGUUCUUUGAAUACAUCUAUCUGUUCAAGAGUGCCGUACUAUUCCAGAUCGAACAGGUCACCCAGCAGUGCUCCAAGAUCCCUCUGACACAAACCUGGGAUCCCUAUGACAUUCCGGAAAACUCCACUUAUGAGGACCAGUACUUCAUAGGUGGUCCUGGUGACAUGAUUGAGGUGCAAGAGUGGUCAGACAGGAAGCCUGCUCGAAAAAAUGAGGCCUGGGUUGGUGUUUACACAGUCAAGGACUGCUACCCUGUCCAGGAAACCUACACCAGGAACAGCAGUGUGACAACCUCCACCCGCUUCUUUGACUUACAGCUGGGCAUCAGCGACCCUGAAGUGUUCACUCCACCCACCACCUGCCAGUCUGCCAGGCUCAAUUUGAUGACUCAUGGCUGCUAAAGCCUCAGGACACUUAUUUUGCACAGUAUAUACUGUAUACCCAGGGAGUGGAGAGGAACCAUUACACCUAGCUAUGUCAGACAAACCUAGCUCACAUUUGGGGACAUUUUAACCCAAUGAGGUUAGGAGGGGUAAUGAUUUAUUAGUGAGGAUAUAUUUCUUUAUUAGAACAGAACUGAUUUGGUCUUCAAAUCAAUACUCAGAAGUGACCUUUAUAGCUUCUCAUUGAACACCGGUCCCUUAUAAUUCAAGUCUGUGUCCUACCUCAGCUGUAUUGUUUGUAAACUACUGUAGUCACCAAGUCAACUUACAAAUGCAAAUGGAAGUAUAUAAAAACAAAGUAACGAAUUUGUUAAAAGUGAAGGAAGUAAAUAAAGAAAGGCCCACGAGUUUGUAUUACUAAGGAGCCACCAAAGGAAUGAUGAAUCUUAUAAGCCUAGUGUUAGGCUAUAUAGUCAACCGCACAGGGAAACAGCACAUACCAUAUAUAUGUAUGUGUCUGUUUCAACAAUUUGCUUCCCUGCAUAAGUUCGGUUAUGUGCUGCAUUGCGAUUUCCUUUUUUCAGGUUUAAACAAAACAUUUUUUAUAAACACAUAAUAUAACGCUUCAUAAUAUAAUUUUAAAUUACAGUCUUUGCUGAAGCAAAUAAAUACAUUACUCAACAAAUUGUUUCAUCUUGUUGCAUAGCUAAUUAUUACAGUUUUGUCAUGGUAGUGCUUUAUUGUGAUUAGUUGUUGAUUUUGAAUCUUUGAAGCUUUUCUCUGUCUCAUUAAAUCGAAGCUGAAAGAAAAGUA